UCUCUCCUGCAGAUGUCUAGCUAUAAGCGAGCUACAUUUGACGAGGAUGACGUGUCGGACGCUCCAGCUGAUGCAGCCUCGUCUCCUGACAGAGUGGAGGUGGGUUUCAGGAAGACAGGUGUGGACGUCCUCAGCAGGAGGACACAGUUGGAGCUUCUUCUCUCUCUACUCUUAUUGGCUGCUCUUCUCGCUCUGAUCGUGUGUUUGCUGCUGCUCGGCCUCGGACUCAGCUCAGACAGUGGGCGUGGCCUCUGCCUGUCGGAGGUGUGCGUCACAGUAGCCAGUCAGAUGGUGGAGGCGAUGGACCGUGGCGUCGACCCCUGUCAAGACUUCUACCAGUUCUCCUGCGGAGGUUGGAUGAGGAAGAACCCGCUGCCGGACGGACGGUCGCGCUGGUCGACCUUCAACAGCAUCUCAGAGCAGAACAAGGCGCUGCUCAAACACCUGCUGGAGAACGGGACGUUUAACGGCAGCAGCGAGGCGGAGAGGAAGACUCAGUCUUACUACUUGUCGUGUCUCAACACCCAGAGGAUCGAGGAGCUGGGAGCUCAGCCUCUCAUAGACCUAAUCGCCAAGAUCGGCGGCUGGAACAUGACGGGUCCCUGGGAGAAGGAGAACUUCAUGGAGGUUCUUAAGGUGGUUUCUGGUCCAUACAGAGCUCUGCCUUUUUUCAGCGUUGGAGUCGGCGCCGAUCCCAAAAACUCCAACAGCAACGUCAUACAAGUCGACCAAUCAGGACUCUUCCUGCCAUCCAGGGACUAUUACCUCAACAAGACGGCCAAUGAGAAGGUGCUGGUGGCGUACCUGGAGUACAUGGUGGAGCUGGGGAUACUGCUGGGUGGCGAGAGGAGCUCCACCCACAUUCAGAUGCAGCAGAUUCUGGAGUUUGAGACAGCGCUCGCCAACAUCACCGUCCCUCAGGACCAGAAACGAGACGAUGAGAAGAUGUACCACAAGGUGACCAUCGCAGAACUACAGCUCCUGGCGCCGGCAGUGGAUUGGUUGGACUUUCUCUCCUCCGCUCUGUCUCCUCUGGAGCUGAACGACACUGAACCUGUCGUCCUGAACACCAGAGAGUUCAUCCAGCAGGUGUCCGAGCUCAUCAACAAGACCGACCGCAGCGUGUUGAAUAAUUACAUGAUGUGGAACCUGGUUCAGAAGAGUGUGGCCAGUCUGGAUCAGCGCUUCGAGGACGCUCAGGACAAACUGCUGGAGAGUCUCUAUGGAACCAAGAAGUCCUGCACCCCUCGCUGGCAGACCUGUAUUGGAUACACUGACGACAAUCUGGGAUUCGCAUUGGGAGCCCUCUUUGUUAAGGCGACGUUCGACAAACACAGCAAAGAGAUCGCUGAGGAGAUGAUCAACGAGAUCCGAUCAGCGUUCAAAGACGCUCUGGACCGACUGAGCUGGAUGGACGGUCAGACCAGACAGGCUGCAAAAGAAAAGGCAGAUGCGAUUUACGAUAUGAUUGGAUUCCCAGAAUUCAUCCUGGACCCCAAAGAGCUGGACGACGUUUAUGACGGAUACGAUGUGUCAGACGACAGCUUCUUCCAGAACAUGUUGAACUUCAACAACUUCUCAGCGCGUGUGAUGGCCGACCAGCUGAGGAAGACUCCCAACAAAGACCAGUGGAGUAUGACUCCCCCCACAGUUAACGCCUACUACAUGUCCACUAAGAACGGCAUCGUCUUCCCUGCCGGGAUCCUGCAGGCUCCUUUCUACGCCCACGACCACCCCAAGGCGCUGAACUUUGGUGGAAUCGGGGUGGUGAUGGGUCACGAGCUCACUCACGCAUUCGAUGAUCAGGGUCGCGAGUACAAUAAAGAAGGAAACUUGAGGCCGUGGUGGCAGAACUCGUCAGUGGAGGCGUUUCGUCAAAGAACAGAGUGCAUGGUGGAUCAGUACAGUCGCUACACCGUCAACGGAGAACACGUCAAUGGAAAACAGACGCUGGGAGAAAACAUCGCUGACAACGGAGGCCUGAAGGCUGCGUACCAUGCCUAUCGGUCGUGGGUCCAGAGAAACGGAGAAGAAAAGAGACUUCCUGCCGUCAACCUGACCAAUGACCAGCUCUUCUUUGUGGGGUUUGCGCAGGUGUGGUGCUCAGUUCGGACACCAGAGAGCGCUCACGAGGGCCUGGUGACCGACACCCACAGCCCCCCCAGAUACAGAGUCAUCGGGACGCUCGCCAACUCCCCGGACUUCAGCCACCACUUCAGCUGUCCCACCGGGACGCCCAUGAACCCCGGGACGCGCUGUGAGGUCUGGUAGACUGAAGGGGGGGGUAUUGAUCAGCAGGUGAUCAGGUGAUCAGUAGGAGGUGUUAACUUCAGUUUCAUACAAUAUUAGAAAACUGUUUAUUAGAUCGGGCUGACUUCCUGUCUGGAAGACAAAAGACUUCACAUUAAGAGACACGGAGGACUGAUGAAGAUGAUGAAGCUGAAGGUGGACGAUGUUUCUGCUUCAUCACCAUUAUUAUUAUUAUUGUUAUUGUUAUUAAUGGGCUUUGGUUUGUGUGUGAGUGAGAGUGUUGUCGUGUGAAAGGUCUUUGUGAUUCUCUCUGUCCCUCUCCGAUGACAUCACUGUUACAUCACGACUCAGCGAUCCCCGACCUCGUGUCUCACAAACUUGAUUUUAAACUUUAAGGUGUAAAAAUGAAAAACCUCAGGUGAAUGGACAGUAACAGAAACAUGAUUCAGACGGAGACAGAUGUGAGACAGGUGUGAGACAGAUGAGAGACAGAUGAGAGACAGGUGUGAGACAGGUGUGAGACAGAUGAGAGACAGAUGAGAGACAGGUGUGAGACAGAUGAGAGACAGGUGUGAGACAGGUGUGAGACAGGUGUGAGACAGGUGUGAGACAGAGACGUAAAACAGCCAAAGUGAAACCGGAGUAAAUAACAGACGCCAGCCUCUCGGCUGGACGCCAUGUGCCUUGUGGUUCAGAGUCAUGUGACAGGUUCUCAGUUAUAAUAUAAAAUUUAAUUCUUAAAAUAUCAAACUAUUUUUAUAACUUCUGAAGAAAAUGUUGAAAUUGAUCAGUCUCAUCUUUUCAAUUGUUUUUCCUUUACUUUGUUAGCCACCUGCUAGCUUGCGUACUAGUUGGCGUCUCUAGACAGUCAUGUUAAUUAGUGUCCGUGUUUACGUUGCCAACAAUAGAACAGUGUUCUAACAACAGAACCACCUGAAUGUGACACAACUUUACAUCGUGAACACGAGUCGAAGGUCGUUAACACGUCACAGGUCGAGCAGCGGAGGUUACAACCAGGAAACACGUAAACAUGUGCAUUAGCAUGUUGAGCUAAAGACGCUAACGCGUUGUGUGGAUGUUACGAAGACGUGUCUCAGUCUGAACGUGUCUGUUACUCACACAAUCAUCUGACGACAUCAAAAACUACUAAACACUAUAAAUCACUUCCUUCGUUUACCGAACAUCUGAAAAUCCGUCUUUUCUUAAGAAAUCGUUUCAGCUCCAAAUUUGAGAUUUUCAUUGAGUUUCAUCUUUUUUGAAUACACAUAGUGUUUCCUCUAUAUAUUAAAGGGUUGAAAUAUAAAAAUAAUAUUUUACGGUACACUUUAUACAGGUACUGCUAAAUUUAUACCUGGAUCUUAAAAUGAAUGAAUGUUUUGUGGGCGACUGAAGGUUUGAGGGUCGAACAUUUGUCAUGUUGAUUUCUGCCUUGAGUUCCACUGAGAUCGUUAACAGGUCGAAGUAUUUCAGUCUUCAGUCUAAGUGAUGUAUGAAUGUCUUGUAUACUAGUGUUGUCAUGGUAACCAGCUAUUACUGUGUUCGUGCCAACAACAGCGAGGAACAGGAAAUGGCCUUAAAAUGUUACAACAGGACGUGAAUUUGGAAAGUUGCCUUAAAAAUGUAAGAAAACGCCUUAAAAAAAAAAACCAAGGAGAAAUCAGCUGUGACCUGAACCAUGAAAGUCAAAUCAAGUCAGGGUUAUUUUUUACAGUGUAACCUCAGAGUUUUGACCACGUGAUGUCAGAGGGAGCGUUCAGGCGUGAGGCGUUCAGGUCGACCUGAGUCACAACUUCUUCACAACAACAGUGAAACGUAAUUUGACACGUGUGAGGCUGGGAGUCAAAGAUAUUUGUUUUAUUUCAUUAUCUGAAGUUUUGUUUUUUAAAACAGACAAAUCAUGUGACCCCGUCUGUCACGUGAUCUGAACCUCGACAGGAAACAGCAGAACCUGUAAAAAACAAAGUUUAAAGUAGACUUCAUUACCCACAAUCCUUCAGUGUUGUUGUUCAGUGCAGGUACCUGACUGUGACAGCAGGUGGAGCUCUCAGCCAGUUCAUCUGAAUUUCUCCCACUGACACAAACUGAUUAUUCAGAUGAGGUGUGUGUGUGUGUGUGUGUGUGUGUGUGUGUGUGUUUUGUUCAGUAGAAGAAGCUGCUGCUUCCUGCCAAAGAUGUGUGUGUUUUGCGUUGUGAGGUCAGAGGUCACAUGUUGAACGACGCAGACCUCUGAUUGGUCUAAUUACUCAUGAGUAUCUGCCAACUAGUGUCUGUCGGUGGAAUUGCAGAAUAACACAGACGCAGAGCAGCAUCGACUCCAGAUCUCAGACUGAGGUCAAAGGUCAAGGGCCUGACACAGUGUCGUGUGUGUGUGUGUGUG